AGACAGCCCUCAGCGCCAGUUGGCCGCAAUAUGGCAGAACAUGCAGCAUUGGAGGAGCUAGUGCGACUUCAGGGAGAGCGCGUGCGGGGCCUCAAGCAGCAGAAGGCCAGCGCUGAGCAGAUCGAGGAGGAGGUGGCAAAACUACUGAAAUUGAAGGCACAGCUGGGCCCUGAUGAAGGGAAACAGAAGUUUGUGCUCGACCCCAAGGGUACAAGAGCCUACAGUCCCCGGCAGAUGGCCGUUGGAGAGAAGGUGUUUGAUGUCAUCAUCAGCUGCUUCAAGCGUCAUGGUACAGAAGUAAUUGAUACACCUGUGUCCGAACUAAAGGAAACACUGACUGGAAAGUAUGGAGAAGACUCCAAGCUUAUCUAUGAUCUGAAGGACCAGGGUGGAGAGCUAUUGUCCCUUCGCUAUGACCUCACUGUUCCUUUUGCUCGAUAUUUGGCAAUGAAUGAACUGACCAACAUUAAACGCUACCACAUAGCCAAAGUGUGGCGCGAUAACCCAGCCGUGACCCGAGGCCGGUAUCGGGAAUUCUAUCAAUGUGUCUUUGACAUUGCCGGACAAUUUGACCCCAUGAUCCCUGAUGCAGAGUGCCUGGAGAUCAUGUGUGAGAUCCUGAGAUCCCUUCAGAUAGGCGACUUCCUGGUCAAGGUAAAUGAUAGGCGCAUCCUAGAUGGGAUGUUUGCCAUCUGUGGUGCUCCUGAUAGCAAGUUCCGUGCCAUCUGCUCCUCAGGGAACAAGUUGGACAAGGUGUCCUGGGAGGAAGUAAAGAAUGAGAUGGUGGGAGAGAAGGGCCUCGCACCCGAGGUAGCUGACCACAUUGGGGACUACGUCCAGCAGCAUGGUGGGAUAUCCCUAGUGGAACAGCUGCUCCAGGAUCCUGAACUGUCCCAAAACAAACAGGCCUUGGAGGGCCUGGGAGACCUAAAACUACUGUUUGAAUACCUGACCCUGUUUGGCAUUGCUGACAAGAUCACCUUCGACCUAAGCCUCGCUCGAGGGCUAGACUACUAUACUGGGGUGAUCUAUGAGGCGGUGCUGCUACAAACCCCAGUGCAGGCAGGGGAAGAGCCCCUGGGUGUGGGCAGUGUGGCUGCUGGAGGACGCUAUGAUGGGCUGGUGGGCAUGUUCGACCCUAAAGGACGCAAGGUGCCAUGCAUGGGGCUUAGCAUUGGGGUGGAGCGGAUCUUUUCCAUUGUGGAGCAGAGGCUAGAGGCUACGGAGGAGAAAGUAUGGACCACAGAGACACAAGUGCUUGUGGCAUCUGCACAGAAAAAGCUGCUGGAGGAGAGACUAAAGCUUGUCUCAGAGCUCUGGCAGUUGGGAAAAGAAGAUGGAUGUGGAGUAGAGCAAGCAAAGACAAGCCGGAUAAAAGAGAAGGUGGUGCCUUCUACCGUCGAACUAAAUAUGCAUGUGGUCCAGGAGUCAGGGAAGCUGAUCCCGCAGGAGCAUCUGGCAGGGGCCCAGCUGCUGCCUCGGGCCCUCAAGGUGGGCGGUGGAAAGUUAGAUUUGGAUGAAGUUAAUGGCUACUCUCUGAAGGUUGGGAUGUGA